UCAAAAACGCCUUAGCUGCAUCAGUCGCUAGUUAGUUGCAGCUUAGACGGCAAGCGGUACGCAUCGAGUUUCGAAUAAGUGUCCGGACCUAUUUCCCGGACCAUUUCCCGUAAGGACUUUGCCCAGCCGAUUCCGGCGUGUGAUCGGGUUCCGACAGAAUCUUGCGAAGCAGACCCCAGUCUGGUGGCAAUAAAAUUCAAUCGCGUCGGUGCUAAGCAAAUAGUAUUUUGUGAUAUCAUAAUGCCCAGCGACGUGUGAUAAGUGCAAAAACCUGCUGGGAUAAAGCCACGAAAGAGCGAUCUCCACAUCGGACACUGACUAACACAAUUCACGUAGGCCAUAAAUUUAUUAAGUGUGCUCCAUAAACAUUUUUAUAAACAUAAACUUUGAUAUAACACGGCAAUUGGUGGUUAAAAUAAACAACAACUUCCGCAUAAAAUUCAAUAACUUCCAAAAUAUUCAAUAAGAGACAAUCACAACCAGCGAAAAAUCGAAAUAAAAACAAUAACCGCAAAUUGAAUAAGCGUAAGCCAUAAUUAUGACCAAAUGAGCCUGGCCGAAACGAAAACAACAACUACCACAAGCAUUACCAUAAAUAAUAACAAAAAAAGCAACAAAAUGCGGGUCAUCAACAGCAGAUUAAGCGCGCCGCUGUUAACAGUAACAGUCUUAACAGCGAUGGCUGUUAGUCUGGCCAGUGGCUUGCAAACUGUAAACGAGUCAAAGGUUGAUAAUACCGUAUGCCUCUACCAGGAACACAAUAAUACCUAUCGCAAGGAACUCGGGGCGGUGUGGUUUUCUGCCAAGGACCCCUGCCUGGUAUACUCCUGCGCGGCAGGAGUGGCCAAGGACCCACAGGCUCAUAUUGUAGUUACCCAGGUAGAUUGCAAUGAGUUCUACUGUGAAGUGGGGUCCGAGCUGCGUAGUGUCGAGGGCAGCUGUUGUGGGGAAUGUGUAAGGACUCACUGCCAGCACAAUCACUCCUUGUAUGCUGUGGGCGAGUCCUGGCACAAUGACGCCGACUGCACUUUGCUGGAAUGCGGACGCCUCGCCAAUGGCCAGAUCAUCAUAAACACUUACAAGAGGAACUGCCCCGCCUUGACAGAAGAUUGUCCGCCCUCCAGGUUGGAGGAGAGAAACUGCUGUCCCUACUGCAGACCCUUAAAGGCGACCCGAGUGGAUAAAGUUCUGGAACCUGAGCCAGAGGAGCCUUCGGGGGAUGACAUUUGGACCGCGGAGUUUUAUCGGCAGCAUCCCUGCAACCGGGACUGCCAGAUGGGAGCUGAGCCCAUGACCUGCCGGUACAAAUUCGUGGUGGAGUGGUACCAGACCUUCUCCAAGGCCUGCUAUGACUGCCCCCGGAAUCUCACGGACUGCUCCCGGCCGCACUGCGUCAUGGGUGAUGGCCUCGAGAGAAGCAUUACGGUGGUGAACCGCAUGAUGCCAGGUCCCUCCAUCGAAGUGUGCCAAGGCGAUCAAAUUGUGGUGGACGUAAAGAACCAUCUCCUGGGUGAGAGCACCUCCAUCCACUGGCACGGUCUGCACCAGAAGAAGACCCCUUACAUGGACGGAGUUCCGCACAUAACGCAGUGCCCCAUCACGCCGCAUGCCACGUUCCGGUACUCCUUCCCAGCUGAUCUAUCGGGCACCCAUUUCUGGCACUCGCACACGGGAAUGCAGCGCGGUGAUGGGGUCUUUGGCUCCCUCAUCAUCCGGAAACCCAAAGCCGCCGAGCCCCAUGGCGCACUCUACGAUUUCGAUUUGAGUGAGCAUGUGAUGGUGGUCCAGGAUUGGAUCCAUGAGCCAGGAGCCAGUGUUUUUGCCUUCCACCACCAUUCCCGUGGGGAUAACAAGCCGCACAACUUACUCAUCAAUGGGCGAGGACGUUACUACAAUCGCAUUUGGGAGGAGGCCAAACAAGUGCAUCGCCGUGCUGAAGAGAGUAGGACCACCCAACCCUUGGAACCGCUGCCCAAAUCUCAGGUGGAUUUUGUCCAAACGCUGCCGCGUCAAGCUCGCCUGGCCAAGAACAAUCAGACCACCAAGCUGUUUCCAGUGCAUUCCCGCCAAAAAAGAGGCAAUCUAAACCAAAUUCCUCUGGAACUGGUGCCCCAUCAGGUUUAUAAUGUACGCAAGGGCUUCCGCUACCGCUUCAGGAUUAUCAAUGCGGAGUACCUCAACUGUCCUAUCGUAGUGUCCAUAGAUCACCAUAAUCUUACGGCCAUAAACUCGGAUGGUUUCGACAUCGAGGCCAUGGAGGUGGGCUCCAUAGUGACCUACGCCGGGGAGCGCUUUGACUUUGUUCUCAAUGCCAACAUGGACGUGGGAAACUACUGGAUUCGCUUGAAGGGUCUGAUGGACUGCAGCGAGGUCUUCACCUCGGCAUUUCAGGUGGCCAUUCUCCGAUAUGAGGGAGCUCCAGAUGAAGAGCCUUCAGCAGCCCUGAGCUAUGCCCACAAGGCGGACGGCAUUGAGCUGAAUGUGAUGAACCGGGGUCCUGGAUAUCCGGACACCAAAACCGCGGCCGAGAUGCGAGCCCUGCCCAUUUACGACCAUGUCUCGGGCAUCGACGAGGACACCCUCCAACCCGAAGUGGACUUCAAGUUCUUUGUCUACUAUGAUUUUUAUACCAAAAACAAUCCCGACUUCCACGACAAAGAUCUCUAUGCCAUGGACAUGGAAAUGACCCAAGUGAAUCGUCUAUACACUCCGCAACUGAAUCACAUUACCUUGGACUUUCCAUCUCUGGCCUUGCUGCCCUCGAGGAGCAAGUUGAAGGAUUCGGACUUCUGUAACGAGACGAGCCUGGCGGAUCAGGGCAUCGAUUGCCGCACGGAGUUCUGCAAGUGCCACCAUGUGCUCCAGGUGCACCUCGGGGCAGUGGUGGAGCUAAUCAUUGUGGACGAGGGCUUCCAGUAUUAUGCCAAUCACCCGUUUCAUUUACACGGCAAUGCCUUCAGAGUCAUGGGGCUGGAGCGAUUGGGCGAGAAUGUGACCAUCGAAAUGGUUAAACAACUAGACCAGUUUAAUUUACUCAAACGCAACUUCGAUCAUCCCCCUGUGAAGGACACUGUGACUAUUCCAGAUGGCGGCUACACCAUCAUUAGAUUCGAGGCCUCCAACCCAGGUUAUUGGCUCUUCCACUGUCACAUCGAGUUCCAUGCUGAGAUUGGCAUGGCCCUGGUGUUUAAAGUGGGCAACGACGACCAAAUGCUGCCGGUGCCCGAGAACUUCCCCACCUGCGGCGAUUACAAUCCAGACGCCAAGUCGGAUGGACCCACAACUGACAUAACAGGACCGGGCCAGGCAACAACAGCAAGUCCCUCCGAUGCCGGAGGCGGCAGUUCCGGAUUAAAGCCAAUUUUGGUCCUAAUACCAUUAUUCUUCCUGUUGCUGCAAUCCUUUCGAUAGUGGAUCACCUAAAAAGAGAGCACCCCAAACUUGCCAAACGAAAUUCAGAGAUUAUUUAUUGAAGACGAUGGGAGACCCUUGAGAUGAAGUUUAAUUCUUUCGUGAAAUUUGUUUUUCUCCAGCAUUUGUAUAUAUUUCAUGUUUACGCAUCCUUGUAAACUAAACAUCUGUGAUUGUCUAAGAAACCUACUUGUAUAAGAAAAUAAAGUUAAAUUACUUCUAAAAUUAAAAACAAAAACUCUCCUUGAUCUUUCUUUCAAAAUGACGUAGAAAACUGUGUUCAAAAUAAUAUUAUUCGUAUACAACUAGUAACAGAAUAAAGAGACACGAAACUAAAAUCUUUCAAAAAAUCGGCGAAAAUUAGAAUAACAUUUUUUACAUUUUUAAAACGCUAAAUUUUUUGUAAGUGUCAAUUUUGGACAAUGACUUCUAAAACGGAGAGAUCUGUGAGUGAGAUGAUGCCUAAGAAGGCUAGAAAGCCAAGGCAGCCAAGGAAGCCCCGAUUCAAGACCUCUUUUAAGACCCCAGUGGCCUCUAAGAAAAUCAGAAAUUCACGCUGUCGAAAACUAAAAGCUAAACUCGCUCAGGAGAAGGAUGAUGAUCUUUUAAAUCAGAACGCCAUGAUGUGGACAGAAAACUCCCCGUUGACUCACAGACUGGAUUUUAAGGCAAUAAUACUUCGGGAGAUGAAUCGCCUGGGAAGACAACCUUCAAACGAGUUGAAACGAGAUGCGAAAAGGGCCCUGGCAUCUAGAAGAGCUCUCAGAACGAACGAAGACCAUCAGAAUUUUCCUCCAUUCUCGAACUGCCAAACUAAGUGCCGAAAACCACGCAGACGAAAAGCAAAAUCCAAGCUCGCUGAAUGGAAUAAACUAUUAGAGCACGUUGCGAUAAUGAAGAAAGAAGAUAAUUUGUUGCCACAUAGACAGAACUUCAAGGCAGUAAUACUCAGGGAAAUGGAACGACUGGGGAGACAACCUACAAAAGAGUUCGAACGGGCUGCUAAAGAAUCAAUGACAUAUGCCAGAAAAUAUGCACAUCAGAGCGUUCGACCAUGGACGAAAAAGUCGCCCAAAAAUUCCAAGCAAACCACGAGCCAGAAAUCGAAGAGAAUCGAUUCAAAAUCGAGGACAAUUUCAAGGAACGUUAGGUCUAAACCUUCCUCAAAGCUUCUCAUUAAAAAGAAAAUUUCCAAAAAUCUUUCGAUCAAAAAUUCCAUGUCCCUGUCGGUUCUCUUUAUCAAGUCAUCCCCACCCUGUCCGAAAGUGCAGUCAAUUUCCCAGGAAGGUUCAAAGGUAUCAAUUUCCUUUACCAUGAUCUCGCCUACACCAUCGGGUCACGAAAUAGCUUCAGAAAAACAUUCGAAACAUGAUAUUUCCCCCUUGCAAAGUAAGGAAGGAAGUGCUACUAUGGAAGAACGUUUAGAAGCAGGAACGAAGAUAAAAAGUGAAGAACAUAGACAGGAUUUUAAGGAAGGAAUACUGGGGGAAGUGGAUAGACUUGGGAGACAAGCUGCUAAAGAGUUUAAAAGUGCUACGUCGUUGGCAUCAAGCAGGAAAAGUUCUCAAAAGACCAUACCAAUCGCGAAUUUCAACUCUCGGAGGAAUAUUUUAAGUCAGAGCUCUGGAACAUGGUCAAUACGUUUCGAAAAUUCGCCGAGUAAACAUUCCAAGGAAACUGUUAGCAGGACGUCCAAGGAAAUCUAUCAAAACUCGAGCCAAAUGUCGAAGAAUGUUGAAAAAGAGGCAUCUCAAUUCAAUGUGCUUUUGGGAAGAAAUAUAAUUUCCCAGAACUUUCCGGCAAGGAAUUCUGCAUCCUUAAUCCUUCCAACCGCCUCACAAACCAAGUCUUCCUCAAAAUCGCACCCUGGCCCUUAUAAACCGUCCUCAACCGUGUUAUCUCCGAUUCAAUCUCUUCUUCCGGUAAUAGAUUCUACAUAUUAUCCAAUUUCUUUGAAAAAUAGAGAAGAUUUUCUUACUGAGGAACAACGUCAAGCAGUUCUAAAAGCUAUAGAGGAGGCUGAAAUUGAAAAUCAUCCCCAUGAGCAAUAGACGAAUUUGUGAAGUUUUUCGAGGGAAUAUUCCAAAUAUUUAAACAAUCCCAACAAGACUUCAAAAAGCCUUAGAAGCAACAAAUUAAAAAACACAAAUAUAUGCUUUAAUUAUUUUUAAUAUCAAAUAAAACUUAAUGAAAUAUAAACUAUAUUUGUAAUUUUAACUUCUAAUACAAAAAUAAGAGUGCAAUAGUCAUAUUUUUGAUAGGGGUACAAUAGUAAGAAAACAGGCGUAAAGAAGUCCUAUUUUUUUACAAGAAUUGGUCAAAACAACGUUCAUAUGGCCUGUGGAACUUCUACGUCCUCUAAAAUCCUUACAGGAUCAUUACAGGAUGUUCGAUUUAAGCUAAACAUUUAUACCUAAAAUAUUAUUUAUAAAAAAAAAUGCAUAGCUAUUCCUAAAAUUAAACAAGAUCCCUUUUGAACUUUCUGUCAAACCAAUUUAAGAAACUUCAUCGAAGAAAAUUUCAUUCGUAUACAAGUCAAAGACUAAGGUUAAAAAAAAAAUAAUCUUUUCCACCUAUUUUUAUACUUUCAAUUUUCCAAUAGUCUUAAAAAAGCAAAAUUUUUUGUUAUUUAUUAUUGUCGUACACUUACAUAAUGCGUGCUAAAAGACCUCAAGAGCUUUGUGUUUUAAAGAAAAAAUGCGUAUAUUGCGGCAAAAAGAAAAGACCCCAUCAGUUGCCUAACUGCAAGGCAAAGAAAUGUGGCUCGCCCGAAAACUGUAAGGACAUUUCGGGUAAAGUCCGGAAGCCCCGACGGAAUCCCGCUUUUAAAGCGAUCUCAAAGAGUCGCCGUGGACGAUCACGGAAACAGAAAACUAAAGCUGCUGAACGCGAAGAACUUUUGAAGCAGGUAGCGAUUAUGAAGAAUGAAGCUCUGGCGAAUAGGCAGAAUUUCCGGGGUAUAAUCCUUAGGGAGAUGGAACGAAUGGGGAGACAGCCGGCAAGUGAAUUAAAAAGGGCAGCGGAAAAUUUCAUGGCAUCUAGGAAGAAAGAAACCCAAGUUCAAGCAACCCCAACGCCCCAGGAGAAUGAUUUUCCUCAAAGCUCUGGACCGUGCCAAGUUCGCUCGGGAAAAUCACAAAGAAAAAUUUCCAAGGAAACUAUGAAAAAGUUACCCAAGCGAAUUGAUGUGAAAUCAAAGAACAUUUCAAAGAAUGUGGCUAAUAAUAUAUCUAAUUUUGAAAAGCUCAUCAAAAAGAAUUCUCCCGCUAAUCUUUCGAAAAGGAGAUCUAUAUCGUAUAUAGAGUUCUCACCCAAACCAUCCCAAUCUUCCUUAGAAACACCCAAGGAAAUGUCCAAGGAAGAUUCUAAGAAGUCCACGUCUACCGUGCUGUCUCCUAAACCGUCCAAUUUGGAUAUGGCUUCACAAGAACCGACUGUACGUUCUACCUUUUACCUAUACCCCUUGCAGAAUACGGAAGACUUUAUUACUGUGGAGGAGACACGCGGAGAGCCGGGAAUGGAAACGAUAUUUGUAGCUCGUCCUGCUAACAAAGCAAUGGAUGAGUUUUUGAAGUUUUUAAGGGGAGCAUUCCUAUUAUCUCAACAAUCAAAACGAAAUUUCCGUAUAAACUUAUAAGCACAUGAAAAUAUUACAUUCCAAUUUAAUUUUGAAA